AACCAGGUUACAGCUUCCUGUUUGUGUUGAAGCGGAUAUGAAGAAGCUUCGAUGAACCAUUCCUGUAUCUAAAUCCCCCCCCAUUUUGUCAAGGUUUUAUCUAAAUAACUAUACACACUCACCAAAAGAUGUCGGAAACCGGGAAUAAACUACGGAAACUUCUCGAAUUGCCCAAUUUUGACCCGCAGAAUUACGUCAAGCAGCUGUCACAGCAGUCUGAUGGCGACCGAGAUUUGCAGGAGCAUCGUCAAAAAAUCCAAAGUCUGGCCGAUGAAACGGCACAAAACCUCAAGAAGAAUGUGUAUAAAAACUACAGACAGUUCAUAGAAACUGCUAAAGAGAUUUCCUACCUGGAGAGUGAGAUGUACCAGCUGAGCCACAUCCUGACAGAGCAGAAAAGUAUCAUGGACAGCAUCACCCAGUCCUUGCUGUCCACAGACAAAGAUGAGACCUCCAAAGAGAUGCAGGCUGCGUUCCCGAAAGAGACAGAGGAGAUAAAGCAGAGGACGCUCACCUCCCUGUUAGAGAAAGUUGAAGGAGCUAAAAACAUCAUGGACACACCAGGGAGGCACCUAGUCUACAAUGGAGACCUUGUGGAAUUUGAUGUAGAUAACAUGUCCCCCAUCCAGAAGGUGCACGCUUUCCUGAUGAAUGACUGUCUGUUAAUUUCCACUUGGCUGCCCAAUCGAAGAGGCACAGUAAAGUAUAAAUACAACGCCCUGUAUGACCUGGAGAGCUUUGCUGUGGUCAACGUAAAGGACAACCCUCCCAUGAAGGACAUGUUCAAGAUCCUCAUGUUCCCAGACAGCCGCAUUUUCCAGGCUGAGAACAGCAAAAUCAAGAAGGAGUGGCUGGAAAUCCUGGACGAAACCAAGAAAAACAAAGUUUCCAAAGACAGGCACAAGAAGGAAGAAGAGCCCCCGACCUCACCUGUUCGAGCUGAGGUGUCCACCAACCCUUUUGAUGUGGAUGAAGAUGAGCCUGCAGAUGCCGAAGAAAGUGUGGACCUCAGCCUUGAGUGGAUCCAGGAGCUGCCGGAGGAUCUGGAUGUGUGCAUUGCCCAGAGAGAUUUCGAGGGUGCCGUUGACCUAUUGGACAAGCUCAAUGAGUAUCUCAAAGACCAGCCAGUCACCCAGAAGGUGAAAGAGCUCAGGGCAAAGGUGGAUGAGCGUGUCCGGCAGCUGACCGAGGUCCUGGUGUUUGAGUUGUCUCCAGAUCGCUCACUUCGAGGUGGACCUAAAGCAACCCGCCGGGCCGUGUCCCAGCUCAUCAGACUAGGUCAGUCCACAAAAGCCUGCGAGCUGUUUCUGAAGAACCGCGCUGCAGCCGUCCAGACGGCCAUACGGCAGCUUCGCAUCGAAGGGGCCACGCUGCUCUACAUACACAAACUCUGCAACAUCUUCUUCACAAGCUUGCUCGAGACAGCCAAGGAAUUUGAGAUGGACUUUGCAGGAAACACAGGUUGUUACUCCGCCUUCGUGGUCUGGUCUAAAUCGGCCAUUAGCAUGUUUGUGGAUGCCUUCAGCAAGCAGGUGUUUGACAGUAAGGAGAGCCUGUCCACGGCAGCUGAGUGCGUUAAGGUGGCUAAAGAACACUGUCAGCAGCUGACUGAGAUCGGCCUGGACCUGACCUUUACCCUGCAGUCGCUGCUGGUUAAAGACAUCAAGGCAGCCUUACUAAGCUACAAGGACAUCAUUAUUGAGGCCACCAAACACCGGAACUCGGAGGAGAUGUGGAGGAGGAUGAACCUAAUGACCCCCGAGGCUUUGACGAAACUCAAGGACGAGAUGCGUAGCUGUGGCGUCAGCUUCCAGCAGUACACAGGUGAUGACUGCUGGGUGAACCUCAGCUACACCAUCGUGGCCUUCACCAAGCAGAUGAUGAACUUCUUGGAGGAAGGCCUGAAGCUCUACUUCCCCGAGCUGCACAUGGUUCUGCUGGAGAGCCUGAGAGAGAUAAUACUGGUGGCCGUGCAACAUGUGGACUACAGCCUCCGCUGCGAGCAGGACCCGGAGAAGAAGGCUUUCAUCCUGCAGAACGCCACCUUCCUCCACGACACCGUGCUGCCGGUGGUUGAGCGGAGGUUUGAGGAGGCCGUGGGCAAGCCGGCCAAACAGCUGCAGGAUCUGAGGAAGAGCACGAGGCCAGUGCGGAUCAACCCCGAAAGCACCACAUCCUUGGUUUGAGACUGAAAGGAGCUUCUGUGGCUCAUGUGAUUAUACACCCAUGUGUCCCUCUACACCCUGCAAUUUCAACAUUUUUUUUUCUUUUACAACUAACCACAACGCUACCUUUGGGUUGUUUUGGAGAAACGCAGCAGAGAAAGAUACCUUAAGAAAGGCAUGUUGAAAAAGGGACUUUAGAUAUUAAUUUGUACCACUUUCACGGUAAAAAAACACUUUGUUUCAAAGGUCCAUCCUGGUGCAUCAAAUUUCCCUCAGCUGUUGACAUCUUCUCUUUGUCUGAUGUAGAGAUGAAAAGUGCUCCGUUCUUCAUAUUUAUGUAAGAUGUUUGCUUACAGCUUACAGAUGUCAAGCUUCUGUGUAGUCCAAUCAGAUGUACAGAUUUGUGCACAUGUGACCCUGUUUACUCAAAGACUUCAUCACACAAUAGAUUGGAGAUAUUUGAAAUCAUCUGCUCAUGAUUUACUCGCUAGUGAGGAUGAUUUUAAGCUGUUUAAAAAUGUUUAAUAUGUUUGUUCUACUUGUUUGGUUUUGAAGCAGCUGCGUCAUUAUCAGAAACUAAAGUAGCAUAAGCACUGAUUUAAAGGGAUGACUGAAAAGAUGAUGCAUUCAAAUGUUCUCUGUUAAUCAAAAUGUUGCAUUUUGACAUUUAAACAUUAAACUUUGUAAAUUAAA